AAAAAUAAUGUCUCUUUUUGGUAGUAAUUCUUUCUGCUAGACCAUGCACUCGCAGGUUAAAUUUUGUUGCUGAAAAUUAAGGUGAUUGAACUUAGUUCCGAGUGACGCAACCUAUAUUCAUAAUGCUUAGGACAUUUAAGGUUGACAAACCCUUAUGGGUUCUUUCCAAAUUUAAAAGGAACACAGACAAGGUUCCGUCACUAUGUAUGUCCAGCAAAUCUAAGUUCGCUAAACAUAGUACGCUGGAAAAAAUUCGCAACAUAGGUAUAUCAGCUCACAUCGACUCAGGAAAAACUACUCUAACAGAACGAAUUUUAUACUACACCGGCCGUAUUGCUCAAAUGCAUGAGGUGAAAGGCAAAGAUAAUGUUGGGGCUGUAAUGGACUCAAUGGAGCUGGAGCGCCAGCGAGGUAUCACUAUUCAAUCUGCCGCUACAUACACUUUGUGGAAAGACCACAAUAUCAACAUUAUUGAUACACCUGGUCAUGUCGACUUCACAGUGGAAGUAGAAAGAGCUUUGAGAAUCCUUGAUGGUGCUAUUUUGGUCUUGUGCUCUGUGGGAGGUGUUCAAAGCCAAACACUCACAGUCAACCGCCAAAUGAAGAGAUACAAUGUUCCAUGCCUGGCAUUCAUUAACAAAUUAGACCGCAUGGGAGCUGAUCCAUUGCAUGUAUUGAAUCAAAUGAGAUCAAAGUUACAGCACAAUGCUGCUUUCCUUCAACUUCCAAUUGGUUCUGAAGGUGCAACAAAAGGCAUCAUAGAUCUCAUUGAAGGGAAAGCUCUGUACUUUGAAGGUGAACAUGGAGAGGAUGUAAGACAAGAUGAAAUUCCAAGUGAUCUUCGUGUUAUGUCUGACGAGUAUAGGCAAGAGCUUAUUGAACAUGUCUCCAACGUUGAUGAUGUUCUCGGAGAAAUGUUCCUUGAGGAAAAAACACCAACUGUACAGGAUAUCAAACAGGCUAUACGCCGAGCCUGCCUUAAGAGAGUAUUUACGCCAGUGCUUGUGGGAACUGCUCUUAAAAAUAAAGGUGUGCAGCCACUUCUUGAUGCUGUUCUUGAUUAUUUACCACAUCCAGGUGAAGUGGAAAAUGUUGCUUUUGAAGAAAAGGAACCGAAGAAGAAGGGUGAUGAGCCAGAAACAGUAAAAGUUGUCUUAAACCCUCAACGAAAUGAUGCAAAUCCUUUUGUUGCUCUUGCUUUUAAACUUGAAGCUGGCAAAUUUGGCCAACUAACAUACAUGCGCUGUUACCAGGGAAAACUCUCAAAAGGUGACACAGUCUUCAAUGUCAGAACUUUAAAGCGGGUUCGAGCAUCUCGACUUGCGAGAAUGCACUCUAAUGAUAUGGAGGAAGUGGAUGAAGUUUAUGCAGGAGAUAUUUUUACUAUGUUUGGUGUUGAUUGUGCAAGUGGUGACACUUUUGUAGUAGACAGUAAACUAAGACUAUCUAUGGAAUCUAUGCAUGUACCAGAUCCUGUAGUCUCCAUGUCUAUUAAAGCGGCUUCAUCAACUCUAACGGAGCAGAUGUCUAAGGCCAUUUCAAGGUUUACAAAAGAAGAUCCAACUUUCCAUUACUCUUAUGAUGCAGACAACAAGGAAGCCAUAGUUUCUGGGAUGGGAGAACUUCACCUGGAGAUUUAUGCUCAGAGAAUGGAGCGUGAAUACAACUGUCCUGUUAUUCUGGGUAAACCAAAGGUGUCUUUCAGGGAGACCCUAGUCUCCCCUUAUGAAUUCAAUUACUUGCACAAGCGGCAGAGUGGUGGUGCCGGACAAUAUGCUCGUGUGAUUGGUGUCCUCGAGCCCCUUCCUCCAGAAAGAAAUACCAUCAUUGAGUUUAUUGAUGAAACAACUGGCACAAAUGUUCCAAAGCAAUUCAUGCCCGGUAUUCAGAAGGGUCUUCAUCAAGCUGCCCAGAAGGGAGCUUUGACUGGGCAUAAAUUGUCUGGUAUAAGGAUGCGCUUGACUGAUGGUGGACAUCAUAUUGUGGAUUCUAGUGAAUAUGCAUUUAGUCUUGCUGCUAUUGGGGCGGUUCAGGAUGCUUUUGAAAUGGGUGUUUGGAGCUUGUUGGAGCCGGUCAUGAACGUAGAAGUUUCUCUGCCAGUUGAGUUCCAGGGUGCUGUCAUGGGUAUCAUUUCAAGAAGGUCUGGUAUUGUUGCGGGCAGUGAAGGAAAAGAGGGUUGGGUAACUCUAGAAGCUGAGGUGCCUCUCAAUAAUAUGUUUGGGUUUGUUGGAGAGCUGAGGUCAUUAACGCAGGGUAAGGGAGAAUACAGUAUGGAGUAUUCACGUUAUGCCCCCGUUGACCCACAACUACAAGACAAGCUAGUAGAAGAAUAUCAAAUUAAAACUGGUGCAAUUUCGGAUAAGGACUUGGCCAAAAAGAAAAAGGGCAGAAAGUAACUAAUACGUAUUUUUUUAAAAUGUCUGUAAUUUUCAUUUUCCACAAAGGCCAACAAGCCGAGAUAAGCCAAACAAUCCUAGAGGUAUUGUGUAUCCAUGUUGGUUUGGUAGCUGAUUCUCUGCAUUGCUACAAUUAACCACCCGAUUCUGAUAGAGUAAGAGGAGUAAUUUUUACCAAACAAACUGUGAUUUGUAAAUAGUAUAAUCAAUAAACUCCAUGUAUUUCUCACGAAA